AUCUAUUUAAAUUUCUAUUUAUUUAUUUAUUUUCAUUUUUGGAGCCUUGCAGUCCUAUUCACUUACUGUAAUUAUAUUCACGUUUUGUUUUCAACAGAAGAAAGUAAGUCAUACAGUUUUGGAAUGGCAUGAAGAUGAGUACGUGAUCAUAUUUGGGUGAAUGAUCCCUCUGAACCAGCAUUUUUUAAAUUUACAGAGGUGUGAUGUUGAACAAAAUGGCUUACCCAGGAAAGAUUCACUAGGUUUUUCGCCUCAACCGUGCUUACAUGCAUCAGCAGGUGAAGCGCGGUGAAACUUAAGGAUGGACGACGGCGUAUUACAGCCUGCCGCAGAAACUUGCGCACAUUAUGACAGAGCGAGAGAGCAAGAACGCCAUUAGCAUUCACGGACGUUGUUUGGCACUCCAGCCGCCCCUCUGCGUCGAAUCAGGCGUCGUUGAUUAAUUUCAGCCUAUUAGCACCCCCUACCCUCCCCCCGCCCCUCCCAGGUUAAUUCCCCAUGCCAGCGAGCGGGAAAGGGGGCUGCGGGUGUGAGCGAUGGUGCAGGGGGUUGCAGGGGAGCACGUUGUUGUCAGGACUGUAUUAAUGAGUGCGCCGCUCAGGUCCCGUGGACAGGGGGACGGUGUUCCUGGCUGCGCACGGCGACGGCGGCUCUGUCGAGGCCUGGCCUAGUUUCUGCCCUCACCGGGGAGCAGGAGGAUCCAAGGACUGACGCUGAUCACCUGACAGCGGCCCCACUGCUGCGAGAGAGUGUGUACGCACAUGUCUGUGUGUGAGAAAGAAAAAAGGCAGGAAAGAGAGGACGCAAGUGCUGGAGUGGGAAAGCGGCUGCAGGAGUGGAUCUGUGUGACUCUGUGCCUCUCGCUCUUUGUUAUAAACCUCUCCUUCCUCUUCUUCAACUUCUCCACAGUGCACAUCUACAAAAUCAUCUUUGGCAUUGUGACUGGUAUUGUGACAGCAGACUUUGCCUCUGGGAUCGUACAUUGGGGAGCCGAUACAUGGGGUUCAGUGGACAUCCCAGUAAUUGGGAAGGCAUUUAUUCGCCCAUUCCGGGAGCACCACAUUGAUCCGACGGCUAUCACACGGCAUGACUUCAUAGAGACUAAUGGAGACAACUGCAUGAUCACCAUCCUGCCUCUGGCCCACAUGGCCUAUAAAUUCCUCUCCUACUCACCAGAUGCCCUUGCAGAGUCCUACCCCUGGGAAUGUUUUGUUUUUGCGUUGGCGGUUUUUGUAACCAUGACUAAUCAGAUCCACAAGUGGUCCCACUCCUACUUCGGCCUGCCACGCUGGGUCACACUACUGCAGGACUGCCACCUAGUGCUGCCACGGAAACACCACCGGAUCCAUCAUGUGUCGCCACAUGAGACGUACUACUGCAUCACCACAGGGUGGUUGAACUACCCGCUAGACAGAGUGGGAUUUUGGCGGACAAUGGAGUGGUUGAUCGAGAGAUUGACGGGUCGGAGGCCACGCAGUGAUGACAUGGCCUGGGCCAAGAAAACCGAGUGACCAGGAAAGCAGGACUGAACCCCUCCCUCAUCCAUCUUUCCCUCUGUCAAGGGGGAACAGAAACCGAAUAUGGGCCUUACCUCUGUAUCCCAAAACCUCUGUGUCCAUCCAUCUCCCCUAAACCGUCUUCUCCACAGCACAGAACCACAGAGCACUCUUACUGCUGGGGCCUUUUCCUGUCACAGAUCUGCUACACACAAGCCAUCACCUGUUCCUCCUCUAUUGGCUUCCUCCUCUGUUUUGUAGAUGUCCACAUGCAACAAAAUAGUAGAAAGACAAGAUGGUUCAAAACGGUGGUUUCAAACGGUUGAGAUAAUGAUGAGAGACACUGUUCCUCUCACAAUCAUUUCCUCAAUCUCCGUGUGCUUUCUCGUUUCGGUGUGUAAAAUGUAUGUUUUCUGGAGGUUGGGCUCUCCAGAGGACCGAAACCAUGUUGUGAUUUUCCCAGCAUGGUUGUCAUAGCAGUGCAUGGAAUGAGAGAAGCAAUUAAAUGUGGAUUUGAUUCCAGAAACUGCAAGAAAAGAUUUCUCGCCAUCUCAGACACUCACAAAAGCAUCUCGGCAGUGUUAGUUUGGACCGAAGGACGCAUGGAGGAUCCAUUUCGCAAAACGCAGGGAAAGGGUUUUGUUGGCCAACCAGCGUGGUCAGUGCUCAGUUGACCCAACUGAAUGUUUUCCCUGAAUGUUCCUUAUUGAGCUCGUGUUGGCCUUAAGUACAAACCCAUUACACUUAUUUCUAAUCAGCUUACCGGGGCUUAGCGGUGAUGAACAUUGAUUGCGUCUCUGGUGUGUUAGCGUGACAUGUUAUUGAUAUUUGGAGUAGUAUUAGCAGUCUAGCUAGUGAUGUCCUCCUGCUGUAUGCUGUGGUACAACGGUUAAGCAAAGGUUGUAAUAGCAAAAGGUCACUUUAGAAAAAGGUCAAAUUGAAUCUGAGUUACCAAGCUUUAUAAAAGAGAAUCAUUAAUGUUUUUUUUUCUUUCUUUCUUUCUUAUUGAAGGAUGUUAGCACUCUAUUUGACCAAUGGUACUUCUCAUGCAAAACUAAAGCAAAAACAGCCAAAUACACUCCCUAUUUUUUUUUCUCACACACAUAUUUACAAAUGCACACUUGCGGAUUUUCAUCAUGAACCCUGAAAAACACUAUGAAUUUCCUGUGGAUUUUUGUCUCUUCAUUUGCGCUGUAUUAAUAAAUGGAGAGAAUAAGGGUUUUAUAAAGUGUUUCAGUAUGGAUUGUUUCACGUUCUUUUACAACAGCUGCAGCUCCACAAUAUGGGUUUCAUUAUCUGGCUUUUUUUCUUUCUUUUUAUCAUAGUACAAUGUAACUUUCAGCCUUGUAUUUGUUAUUUGUUCUUAUUUUCCAUCUCGCAGCGAAUGCUUGCUGCUAGUAUGCCUUAAACCGAUGUUUUUAAUAGCUCUAUGAUUUAAUAAAUAUCUAAUAAAUAACAUU